AUGGAGGGAGGAGGCGGUGAGCCGGCGGGCGCGGCGGGUUGCCGGGGUGGCGGGGCCGGGCUUCACGUUGGGCUCCUGGCCGGGCGGGAGUGGGAGUCGCCGGCCGCAGCCCUGGCUCGGAGUCUGGCGUGCGGGGCGCGGGCCGCAGUGCGCGCGCUGAAAAGCAGUUGGGGGUUCUUCCUUACUGGGAUCGUUGGUGGGACCCUGGUGGCCGUGUAUGCCGUGGCCACCCCGUUUCUAACACCGGCCCUCCGAAAAAUUUGUUUGCCAUUCGUUCCCGCAACUACAAAGCAGAUUGCCAACGUUGUGAAAAUGUUGCAUUGCAGAAGAGGAUCCCUGGUCGACAUUGGCAGUGGCGACGGACGUGUUGUGAUAGCAGCUGCAAAGGAGGGAUUCACCGCUGUCGGUUAUGAAUUAAACCCAUGGCUCGUUUGGUACUCCAGAUACCAUGCUUGGCGAGAAGGGGUGCAGGACUCUGCCAAAUUUUAUAUUUCAGAUUUGUGGAAGGUUACUUUUUCGCAGUACACAAACGUGGUUGUUUUCGGUGUGCCUCAGAUGAUGCCACAGUUGGAGGAGAAACUCGAGCUUGAACUGAAGGAUGACGCCAGAGUCAUUGCUUGCCGGUUCCCUUUCCCUCGCUGGACCCCAGACCACGUCACUGGGGAGGGGGUAGACACCGUGUGGGCCUACGACCUGAGCACGCUGCGAGGCAGGAGGCCCUGAAGACGUUUCCAGCCGGUCAUUCAAGUGUAGACUUUAUGGAGAGUGGUUUUCCAGGUGAUGGUGGUCUUCGGUUUCAUAGAGAUCUACAGCUGUGUCGUCAGCAAAGAGUCUGUUUUUCUUCACUAUGGAACGAAAAUCUAUUACUUUCCUUAACUUUUGGAAAACAAACAGAAGUUAAGAACAGCAGGUAGAUUUAAAGUCCCUUUUCGUGGCAUAUUCAAAAAAGUGGUCUUCCUUCCCAUGCGCUCUGAUGUAUGAAAAUAUGACCAGGGGAUGGUCAGUGUUGAUGGGCGGGAGAGAUGUGAACAGCUCUUCACGCUACAAAAAGUAUGAUUUAAUGCCAGAGAUGAACAGAAACACUUUUUAAAGAGGCU